AAACGUGGUACGAGGACGUGGCUGUACGUGGAUCUGCGUGGCUGACGUUUAUUACAGUUGUCUCGUCUCGCGCGUGGUGUGGGUUUAGUUCGGACAGCUGUAACAUCAAAAUCACAUUUCAGUUACAUUUCCAUUGAUUUAAACACAUUCUUCAGUGAGUGUAACUAGUUUGUAAACGUGGAACUGUUUUAAAAUUCUUCAUAGCCAAAUUUAACAAUGUAUAAAAUAACUAUCGCCGUUUUCACAACCUUCCUUGCGGUUGUUAUGUGUAAUACAGAAGAAGAAGUAGGUCCGCGACUUCUCGUUUCUAAACAAAUCCUCAACAGAUAUUUAGUGGAAAAUAAGGACAUCGAAGUGAAAUAUACCUUGUACAAUGUGGGUACCGCUGCAGCUAUUGGGGUUCAGCUGACUGAUAAUGGUUUUCAUUCUGAAGCUUUUGAAGUAGCUGGAGGGCACUUAUCAGCCAAAUUUGAUAGAAUUUCGCCCCAGACUAAUGUUUCUCAUGUUGUGAUUGUGAGACCAAAGCGUUACGGAUACUACAACUUCACUAGUGCCGAAGUGACUUACAAGAUUGCUGAUUCUUCAGUGGUACAGAUCUCUCUUAGCAGUGAACCAGGAGAAGGUGGUAUUAUUGCUUUUCGGGAUUAUGACAAGAAAUUUUCAUCACAUAGUUGGGACUGGUUGGCGUUUACUCUCAUGACUACACCAUCGUUAGCUAUUCCAUUGGCUCUGUGGUAUUCCAGCAAGAGCAAGUAUGAAAAACUUGUCAAGCCCACAAAAAAGAAUCAUUAAAAUUUAAGUUUUUGUACUCUGAUGAUCAGAGAAGAAUUUGUUUCACAACUUGUUAAUUUAUAAUUGUUGCAAUUUUGUAAUACAUUUUUUUUUGCA